AUGGCAGUCAUUAAGAGAUAUCCAAAGGGGAAGCAACGGAUGUUUACGAACGACCUCAAGUCGCUACUUUACGCGUACGGCGACUCGGCAUCUCCAAACAUUGAGACCAUCCAUAUGCUGGAAGAUUGUGUUACCAGUUACCUCAUUGAUGUGAUUACAGAGGCCAAUUCCGUGAGGAAGUUACAGAAACGGUCCAAGUUUGCCGAAAGCGACCUCAAGUUUGCCCUUCGAGGUGAACCCGUCAAGCUAGGUAGAAUGGAGGAUUUGUCUGUCCUUUCAAAGGAAAUCACGCGUGCCAAUCGUAUGUUUGACGUUAGUGAGAAGGCUCAUGCUCAAAACGGUAGUGCCAUUGGUGGCGGAAGUGGUGACGGUGUCCAUAAUGGCAAGUCCAGUAUUACAAAGAACACCAAGUUUGGGAAAACUGGCAAAACGAGUAAAAUGAGUAAAACAAGUAAAGUAAAUAAAAAGGGCAAUAUUAAGCGUUGA